UUCACUGGGUUUCAAUACAGUCACCGAAUUCUUGCUAUACUGUCUGCUGUACUUAAGUUACAGUAGAAACCCUUUUUCUGGGUUAGGCAUAAAGAUUUGACAUGAAAUUCUUGUGCGAAGCUUUAAUUUUGGCAUUAGUUGUCUCAAGUUAUGAAAGAUUUGCUCAUGGAAAGACACUGAGGCAUAAAAAAGAUCAUCGAUCGACCGGCCGGAAACAUAACAAGCAUGCCGCAGAUGCAAUUCAUAUAACCAAGACAGGAAAACACUCCAAAUAUAAGCAAAAGCAUCGAUGGAGCUUUGGAGAUUCCGAGCUCAAGCAUUUGGAAAAUAUUGACGAAAUUUUGGAAAUCAGAGACAAUGAACAAUUUGCCAACAGAGUGUUCCAGAUGAUGAAGGAUGACGACUCAGAUGUGCUUAAAGAUAUUGACGAAGACGAGGAACCUUCACUGUACUUGCCAAAGGAAGGUUCUCAGCGAUAUAUACAAGAUCUAAAACAUCAUUUCCAUGGAAAAGCAAGGCUAUGGAAUACCAUUGCAGACACUAUCCUCUACAAACGCCAAAUGAUACAUCCAGCAUAUAAUUAUACGGUAGCAAGCGCCGGCAUGACACAACAGCCAACAGUCCAAUCAUCGAACCAAAUAUCACCAUCUCCACUAGGUUCCCUGUCAUCAUCCUCGUCAACAUCUCCUUUUGUAACUUCAAAUAACGUGGAUGCUGGAAAGCAAGUACCAGCUCAGAAACCAUCAAAAGAAUUCGGAAGUGAAGACGUCCUGAAAAACAAGACUGUAAAGUCCUCACGUGUGUGUAAACCAGGACCCCCUCUGUCUUCCAAUAAGCGACUGCCAAACUGCCUUCUCAUCGGUGAUUCAAUAACAUUAGGGUCCUCCUACACAGUGGCUGCUGCUCUUCAAGGCAGAUGCGCCGUGCAAGUAUCUCCGUUUUCAAAAGGAGGAUGUGCCUUGGACUCGAGUUAUGGGCUGAAAUGCAUUCAACUCAUUUUGUCAACAACAAACCUAACGCCUACAAGGUUUGAUGCUAUUGUUUUCAACUUUGGUAUGCACGAUAUUGACUAUUCAGGCAAAUUUCCAGAGGAAUUUAACGACGAAACUACGUAUGCAAGAAAUUUAGGCCGUUUGAAGAAGAUACUUUCAAAAACUGGGGCAGGAAUAGCAUUUUCAUUAACGACACCAGUCCCGUACGAUGAAAAGAAAAAUAAACUUGUUGUCAAGUACAACGAUAUUGCCAAAAAAGUGAUGUCUAAGGCUCCUCCGGUGGAUGUGAUUGAUUUAUACAGCUUUAUUGUCGAGAAGUGUGGCAAAAUACCUUUUAAGAACUGUUUCAUGGUGAAAAAGCCUAAGGAUGUGCAUUACGGUUUAGCUGGUUCGAUUCUCCUUGGGAAACAGAUUGCUGCCAAAAUUGCAUCCAUCUUGAAAAAACGAGAUCUUUGGGUUCAGCGAGGCUAUAGCCUCCCAGAAAAUGCUACUCUUGCCGAGCCAUUAUUUACCAAUUUGAAAGAAGAUUCUGUUAAAUGUUCCACGAAUGCUUUGAUUCCGACAAGAUGCCCUUCUGAAUCGACAUGUGUAUCAAACAGUAUUUCUAGAUCGAACUUUGCAUGCUGCAUGCUUGAGAAUGGCAUCGAUUGUAAAGAUAAUUUCCACUGUUGCCCUGAAAACACGGUUUGCCAUAAAAAAUGCUCGCCCUUAUGGUGCAGAUGCAUCCCACUGUCGCCUUGAUUUUCUCGUUUCACAACUAAAAUAUGUCACUAACUAGUUUGGUUUUCUAAUAUUUACCACAAGGUUCAGGGAUGGCUGUAGCAUUAACGACCCGAGUAAUUGGUAAUACUGAAACACGAAUGGUUGAAAUUUAUCAUCAAAAUUAGAAAAAAAUCGCAAAAGCCUAAAAUAAAUGCAAAUUCAAAGCAGAAGCCUAUACUGACGAAAAUACGACAACUUUGAAAAUAUGUCACCCAGUCACAACGCUCCUGCAUGUUUAUAAAUGGCAGUAGUUAUUAAGUGAGUGUUUAAAGAUUCCCAUAAUUAGUAAGUAUUUUACUCUUAUAAAAGAUUUUAACUUAUAGAAGUAAAUGCAACAUAGAUAAAUAUAGAUGUCUGUAAUUUUCAGAUUUGGUAGUGUAAAAUACGAGAAUAAGCGGUAGUAUUUUUGAUGGAUGAUUAAAGCAUGUAGUUAAAUUGUAUAUAUUUUAUCGUAUAUUAAAAGAUGGAGUCAACAUUUGUGGAUAUAAUUUUUUAACAUGAAGCUUUAAGAAAAUCUGCAUGAUUUUCUCAGUUUUAAAGCCGAGAUAAGCAAUGAAAUAACUGUAAUACUGAGCAGUGGGACACUGCCAUAAGGGAAAUGGGGAGAAAACGUCAUGAAUAAAGGAAGAGAUAGAAAUUGAAGGAAGUUCCACAAGAUCCCUCCUGAAAUAAACUCUGAUAAAAUUUCAUUUGAUAAAUCAUUAUAUUGAAAACACAUUCAGCAGCGAGUUAAAUGAGACAUUGAUGAAGAAGCUUCCACAGAAAAUGAAAAUAUCACUAUUUUGAACUAAAAUAUAUUUUGUGCUUUGAUUUAUGCUGUUGCUUGAUAUUUUUAGAGACACUGGGAAAAAGUUAUGAAAAACUCCUUUUGUUUUGCAAAAUUGUAAAGGGACCAGAAAUGAACAAGCUGUAAAUGAACAGAAAUAAUCAUAGUGGCCCAUAGCCAACAAAAAAACCGAAAAAUCUUGAAUAUCAUUAAAGAACUAUUUAUUUGGCAACUUGUAGAUGUCGUUUAUUGACCCCCUCAAAUAAACUCC